AUGGCAAAAUCUUUUCUUCGUAAUGUUAGCGAUCAACUAAUAGGUAGUAAUAGUAAAACAACUGACGUACAAAUAGUGCAAGCUGUCAAUCAUUUUGACGAUGAACAUUCAAAACUAUUAAAAUUUAAACGUGAAUUUGAUAAAUAUACUCAAGCUAUGCUAGUAUUCGAUAAUGCAUCAUUUCGAUUUUUUGAUUUUAUUCGGUCACUUUCCGAUUCUUCAUGGCCUCAACAACAAACACUGGAUCAAUUAUGUAUCGAUAUAGGACGUAUUCGUAAUGAACAUUUACAAUAUUUAAAUAAACAUAUGAGUUCCAAUAUUAAUGUAUUAUUUGAUACAUUUGAAAAAACAAAAAGCCACAUCGGUGAACAGUAUCGUAUACAACAUGAUUAUGAUAAAACACGUCGACAAUAUCAAUCAAGUAUAAAACGUGAAGAACAAAUUAAAGUUGAUCGUAUAAAAAAUGAUUUAGAUCAAUUGAAAUCUGCAUUACAUUUAAUUAAUCGUGAAUUGCGUAAUGAUUUAGAUAAAUUUCAUCUUGAUGUUCAAAGUCAUUAUAAAAAAAAUAUAAUAGAAUUAUUUGAUAUACAUGGUCAUUUUUAUAAAAAUUCUCAUAAAUUCUGUUCACAAUUUGUUGAAAGACUCCAAAGAAAUCCUUCAACAAAUUUAGAUAACAAUAAUAAUAAUAAUGAAAAUAAUGAUAGUAAUGAAAAUGACUUUGAAAAAGAAAAACAAUCACCUACUGAAGAUUCUAACAAGAAAAAACCUGAUUGUAUACCAUUUUCACAACUAAAACGAACAGAUUAUAAAAUUUUACAUGAAGCACGUGUUAUACAUGAUUAUGAAGCUGAGAAUGAAGAUGAAAUUAAUUUAGUUAAAGAUGAAUAUAUAUACGUUAUUUCUUUUUACAAAGAAGAAGAUAAUGAACGUGAUGAUGGUUGGGAAUAUGCUGAAAAAUCUGAUGGAACUAUUGGACUUUUCCCGGUUAAUUUUGCUGUACGGUUGUAUGAUAAUGAAGAAAAAACAAUAGAUAAUAACAAAUGA